AUGUCCAAUUUAAAUCAAGACGAUGUAUUUGGUUCAUUACGCAGUCAAUUAUUAUUAAGUCAUAUCGAAAAAUUACCAAAAUUUACAGGUCGUUCAAAACAAAAUGUUUCAAAAUGGUUACGUGAAGAGAAUCAAGCAAUGCAUUUAUUAAAAUUGUCAGACACGGAAAAAUUGUUCUAUAUCCCGUCCUGUUUAGACGCUGAUGCUAAAGAUUGGUUUUUUGAUAAUUAUCAUUUUGUUCCAUCGUGGUCAUUAUUUGUACAGAAAUUACUUGAUACAUUUGAAUCUUCUAGUAAAGCUGAUAUUGCUUUUAAUCGUUCACGUCAAUAUCAACAAAGUUUACAUCAAGAUGUACGACAGUAUUAUUUUGAACUUAUGAAAUUAUGUAAAGAAGCAAAUCCAUUAAUGGAUGAAUCAUCUAAACUUCAAUACUUGAAAGAUGGUUUAAAGUCCUCAUUACGAUUUGAUAUUCUUCUAAAAAAUCCAACAACAACGGAAGAAUUUUUAAAAUAUGCACAAAAAAUUGAAGAAUUAAGAUCCCUUGAUGAACAGCAAGGAAUGAUGGAACAAUCUUCACAACAACAACCAAAUUUAAUUACUACAUCUGCUCGAUCUUCAAAUUCACCAGCAAAUUAUGCACGUACAUCACAAACUAACAACAAGACAACAAUAACACGGCACAAUUUAUCAAAUCAACAUCGUCAAAAUAAUCGUACACCAAAACCACCAUAUCGAUGUUAUAGAUGUGAUGGAUCAUCGAUUGAUGGUGAUGCUCCUACUCGUUUAUUAAAUCCAUCACCAAUUUUCAUCCUUGCAAAAGUUAAUCAAGUUAUUACAAAAAUUAUGUUUGAUACUGGUUCAGCUAAAUCUUUUAUCAAAAAAUCUAUUCUCGAACAAACAAAUCAUGUUAAUAUACAAUUUAAACAACAAUCAUAUUUAAUGGCUGAUGGCAGUUCAACAUUUUAUAUUCUCGGUACACCAGAAAUAUUUAUCGAAUUUGAGAAAUCAUGUACUAGUAUUAUUGUUGGCGUUGUUGAUACAUUAUGUGUCGAUUGUUUAUUAGGAAUGGAUUACAUCAAUAAAUAUUAUGUAAAUCUCAACAACAAAGAAAAACAAGUUCAAAUCCAUAUUCAAGAUAUUAUUGUUGAUCUUCCAAUGGAAAAUACAAUGAAGACUAUUAAUGUACCUGGUCGAGCAAAUGCAUUCACGUAUUUUCAUCCAAAUCAAGAAAAACCAAUACAAAUUAUUUCUCAUAUUUCUUCUGGUCUUAUGUUAUUUUCACCUGCUGAUGCAUUAAAAAGUUAA